CAGUAUCAAGGACAGCAACAGCAAAAAGAAAAAGUCCAAUCGACUACGGUCAGCUCAACUACAUUCAACCAUAGAAAAAGGGUAGAGCAUAUCUCACCCCUAGAAAACUCAAUCAUCUUGAACGACAAGAACGAUAUUUUCAACUCCAGUCCGUGUCAUAGUCGAAGAAUGUCGACUGCAUCUUCAAUACACAGUAGUGACAGAUUUAGUCAACGCGACUUACAGCAACAGCAAGGCGAUGGCUGGAAGGUAGCACAACAAUCGGACAGAUGUAGUGUCAAAUCCGUGCCAACAAAAACAUCGCCUACAUCUCCUACUACUGCAUAUUAUACUAAUGCACCCUUGCCUUUACGCUAUUCUCCAACUCCAAAGCUUGUUCCAUCUGCACCUAGAUCGCUUUCACCUUCACCACUCCUCACGCCUAAGAACAACCGUCAUUUAGAUCCGUUGGCGCAUCGCCACCAUACCCAAGCACAAUCCCGUUAUGGUGAGCAGCCGAAACCACAACCACAACCUCAACUACAAGCUAGUGCAAACUUACUGCAUCAUCAAUCCAGUGUUCCUUCAGCCUCCUCAUCAGCUCCUUAUCAGCCAUACAAUCACGCUUUAUCUUACCAUUAUGAGGAAGCGUCAGAAGAAGAACCCAAGAAAUACCAAUUGAGUGAUCCUCCUGCUUCAUCUUUGUCUUACUCUUCACCUACCACAAUCGAUCAUUCAGCGUCUUCAUCACCUGUGCCGUCUAUUGCGGAUAUGAGUACGCAUACAAAUGCUACAAGUACGAACGACUCAGCAUCAAAAAGUAUUCAUAGUGUGCCUGUUCAUACAAAUAAUGCUGAUAAAUUGAUUUUUUACAACGAGAUUUAUGAAAGCAGAAGGCCGUAUUCGCAUUAUUUUGGUACACCUGGUCACGACUCUCACCAGCGUUACCUCAUGAACAACAGCAGUAGUAGUAGUAGUAAAAAGAGCGGAAAUAAGAAAAGCACAAAAAACGGAAAGAGGUAUUCUUCUAAUGAGCAGAAUCAUUAUCAAGUCUACAAUAAUUCAAAAAAAAAGUCGGUAGGGUUGUUCACUAAGUUAAUGAAAAGCCUAAAACAUCGUUUUAUUUCGGGAUAGUUAUGG